AUGAAGAUAGAAGUUGAAGAUAUAGAUCAGAUUAUGCAACAAAUAACAAACAUGGUUCCGCCAAUGCACAAAGACGACCAUAGGAUUCUGAAUGCUCUGAAAAAUACAAUUGAAAAGAAUGUCACAGUCUCCAACUCGCACCUACAAGAAUUGACUAUUAAGAAUGAGCAAAAGGAAGCUAAGAUGAUGUCUCUUGCGUUUUUGAGAAAAGAUCUUCCACUUGAAGCCACAGAAGAGUUCAAAUGUCAUAUUGAUUUCAUUAAAGAACAGAUAGAAUCAAAAAAAGAAGCAUCUACAUUGCAGCACAGAACACCUAAACAUAGAGCCUGUGUUGAAUUGAAUGAUACAAUAGAAAAUGAAAUUAGAAUAGCAAAUGAAAAUAUUACAGCAAUAAAGGGAAAACUUCAGAGGACCAAAGAAGUAGCUGAGGAAGCAUUCAACAAAUCAUCGGGUAGAUUUCUUAAACCACUUGAAUAUGCCGAGAAGUUCUUCAGAUGCAUUUGA